AUGUCAGAACAAGAAGCCAAAGCCCUCGCUACUGCCCCCGGAGCAGAGGACGCCAAAGGUGUCGAAACCACCAAGGAGAAUCCCACCGAAGCUGCCAAGGAAGCUGUAGCUGAGGUAGGAGAGAAGAGGAAGGCUGAGGACGUCCCAGAGGGUGAAGAGGCCGAUAAAAAAGCCAAGACAGAAGAGACCCCCGUCGAUAAAGGAAAAGGCAAAUCGACCGAGGAACCCGCUGAAGCCGAAGCAGAGGAAGAGGAAGAAGACGAAGAUGAGGAUGAUACUCCUAUCGUGACUGGCAAAAGAAAUAGAACAAAGGUUAAUUAUGCUGAUCCAAAAGCAUGGGAGAAUGCCGAUCUCGACCCUACUGCCGCUGACGAGGAUGAUGACGAUGCGGAGGUUGAUGCUCCCGAGUCACCCGAUGAUGACGAGGACGGUGGUGAUUACGACGAAGAAGCCGCCGAGGAGGAAGAUGACGAAGAUGAUGAUGACGAGGAGAAAUAG